AUGACGAACUUCAAGAUCAACAUCGUCUCGGAUACCGUGUGCCCCUGGUGCUACGUCGGCAAGAAGCGCCUGGACCAAGCCAUCGAGCUGUACCGCAAGGUAUACCCGACCGGCAAGGACGACACCUUCACCAUCUCCUGGUCGGCCUUCCAGCUGGACCCCACCUCGCCGAAGAAGGGCGUCCCGCUGAACGAGCGCAUGGCGCAGAAGUUUGGCGCCGCGGCGGUGCCCCGGCUGCACGAGAGGCUGUCGACCAUCGGGCGCGACGUGGGCAUCGACUUCUCGUUCGACUCGCGCGUCGGCAACACGCGCGACUCGCACCGGGUCAUCCAGCUCGGCAAGACGAAGGGCCUCGAGGUGGAGAACAGGGUCGUGCUGGAGCUGUUCAAGACGUACUUUGAGAACAACGGCGACAUCACGUCGUGGGAGGACCUGGUCGCCGCGGCGGAGCGGGCUGGGCUGGAGCAGGCCGAGGUCAGGGAGUGGCUCGAGAGCGGCAAGGGCGGGGAAGAGGUCGAUGCCGAGGUCGGCAAGGCGCAGGCCAGGGACAUCCACGGCGUGCCGCACUUCACGAUCCAGGACCAGUUCGAGGUCGGGGGCGCCCAGGAUGCGGAGGGCUUCUUGCAG